AUCGAUUCUUGGGUGGUAAGUCAGUCUCCAUCCCCGCCGCACCGUGCAAUAUCCACCAUGGCGACCCCUGUGCUAACCAUCGACACGCAGCAUGACGACAUGAUUCAUGAUGCCCAACUGGACUACUACGGCAAGCGCCUCGCGACAUGUUCGUCGGAUCGGACCGUCAAGGUGUACGACGUGACCCAUGACUCCCAACAUAGCAACGAGCAAGUGCUCACUGGGCACGAAGGGCCCGUGUGGCAAGUGAGUUGGGCGCAUCCCAAAUUUGGCACGCUCUUGGCAUCUUGCUCGUACGACGGCAAGGUCAUCAUCUACAAAGAAGCGCAGCUGGGAAAGUGGUCUCAAGUCCACGUGCAUUCGUUCCACCAAGCGUCGGUCAACUCGAUCGCGUGGGCUCCUUACGAGUACGGGUUGACCCUUGCGUGUGCUUCGGCCGAUGGCAAGGUGUCCAUCUUGACGCAUACGGCCGCGGAAGGGUGGACCACGGGGUUCUUUCAAGACAGCACGCUCGGGUGCAACGCCGUGAGUUGGGCUCCGUUCCACAGCUCGGGUCGCCAAGGCAAGCGCGUGGUCACGGCGUCCUGCGACAACUCGGUCAAGGUGUGGUUCCUCGCUGAUGGCGCGUCCGACUGGGUCAAGGAAGACCUGGCCCAGUCGGGGCCGCAUCAUGGCGACUGGGUGCGCGACGUCGCGUGGGCGCCGUCGACGGGCGCGCCGAUCAACAUCGUCGCGAGUGCGUCGGAGGACCGCACCGUGGCCAUCUGGACGCAGCUGAACGACGAGCGGUGGACGAAGGAGGUGCUGCACACAUUCGAAGCGCCCGUGUGGCGCGUGAGCUGGUCCAUCACGGGCAACGUCCUCGCCGUCUCGAGCGGCGACCACAAAGUCACUCUGUGGAAGGAAUCCCUCGACAAGAAGUGGGUCCAGAUCUCGUCCGUGGAUGAAGUCGGCGCGUUGCACCAAGCCAAGGACUAACCACGUUAUAACUCUAAAACAACGGCCGUCGCAUUGUGCAGUGUUUCGUGUAGAAGUACUAGUAUAUGACGC